AUGGCAGUCAGCACACGACCACCACAGACCUACGACCCACUCUCGAGACUACGGGACGAAUUCGUGGUCCCAUUCAAGGCGCGCUCCUACGCUCAGCAGUUUGCCAAGGUCUACUUCCUCCGACUGAGCCGACUACGCGAGCGAUUGAAGGAGAAAUGUCUGGAGAGGUGGAAGGCUCAGACGCCCUGUCGGGUGCUCGAUAUCGACCCUUCCCGGAUCUCAGUGGUCAUCGGGACGCUAUACUGCGAGAUGAAACUCAAACCCAACGUCUUGGAGGACUUGGCUAGAGAGCAUCAUUUGGGUCCGGCUCUCGGCCCUCGGAAGUGGGUCUCCACGGACGAGGACUCGAUCAUGCUCGAGGAUGAGUCGGGUAGAGUAAGACUAGUCGGGAUUGAUCGAGAGAAAUUCACUCUGGUGACUGGGAUCAUCGUUGGGGUGAUGGGACGAGAAACGAGCAAGGGAGACUUCCAAGUCCACGAUCUGAUUUAUGCGGGCGUCCCAGACCAGCCGAGGAAACCGACUGGGAAGAAGAAGGAAGAUCUCGAUCAAGGAUUGGUCGCGCUCGUGUCUGGGCUUGAUCUGGACAACAACAAUUCCAGCCGGACCAAGGCUCGGGCCGAGACCCUGGUCGAAUGGCUCAACGGACAGAUCGGCGGAGACGAGGAACGCAGACUGGCUAGGAGCGUCGGCCGGUUGGUGAUUGCUGGAAAUCUGACCCGGGUCCCAUCCGUCAACGAGCCCCCCGUUCAGAACAGUAAGGAGGCCACCAAGCUGAAACGCUCGGCAUAUGAGCCCGCGAUCAGUGCCCCUCCACCCACCGAUCCCGCCGACCAGCUACUCAGCCAACUCGACUUACCCGUCGACCUCAUGCCCGGCCCGACAGACCCUACCAUUCAAAGCCUGCCCCAACAAGCACUCCAUCGGUGUCUCUUUCCUAAGGCUACCGCACUCAGAACUGCCCAUCCUCUCAAUCAUGGGCCUAACCCUUGGUGGGCCGAGAUCGGCGGCGCCUCAUUCUUGGGCACCUCUGGCCAAAACUUGGACGACAUUUACAAGUACGUGGUGGAUGAAGACCGGCUGAGCCUAGCCACCCAGAUGCUCGAAUGGAGUCAUAUCGCACCCACCGCUCCUGAUACCCUACAUUGUUACCCAUUUCGUGAGCGAGAUCCGUUCGUCUUGUCCGAACUUCCGCAGGUCUAUUUUGUGGGAAACCAGCCGGAAUUCAAGACCCAUCUCCAGGAAUACGGGCCUCCUGAAAAUCGAUCGAGGACACGGAUCAUUCUUCUGCCGCGGUUCUCGAGAUCAGGCACCAUCGUCCUCGUCGACCCGAUCUCGCUCGUCUGUCAAACUGUCCUCCUCCUCCCCUCGCUAGAGAAACUGCCCGAUGAACCGGACGAUCUCGAUAGCGAUGGUCAAGAUCAUCUUCCUCCGGAAAAACUCGUCAUGGAAAUCGACGCGGUUCUACCGUACAAGAUCAUCUCUAUACCUGGGGUAGGAGUGGGUUUGUGGAAAGAUUCUCUGUCCUCAUCCUUCCACCAUCUCAUUCUCUGUUCCUGUUCAUCUUUCCCCUAUCUCAUUCUCCGUUCCAGCCUGAACUUGGACCAGCUUCAUAAAUCAACCACCAGUGCUGAUCAUGGAAGUUAUUGGAUGUGAACAGAUCACUUCACAUCCACAAAACAAGGGUGAUGGAACUUUUGUUAUAGGUUUUGCCAGCAAAUUGAGAUUACCAAAUCGGUUUGACUUCCCCCC